AUGUCCGCACCCCAAUUUUUCAAGUUCUAUGCAGUGUCAAGAAGCUGGCGAUUCAACGCGCUGGAAACCUUCGAGAAGACUUUGCGAUCGCCACGAGGCUGCCCUAAUUUUCCUCGCCGCAAGAUGGGAUCGUUGGAAGAGGACCCUGCUUUCUAUAUGCGACUAUCAUGGGGUAUUUGCAAUUAUGAUGCGAGCGCAUUCAGGCCGACGGCACUGUCCGAGUUAGACAUGAAAACGUACAUGUACUUCCAGUUGACAGCAGGCGUGGCUGAGGUACACCGAGCGGUGCUUAGAAUUAUGUGCACGAGGACAAAGUACUUAUUUAAAUCGCCUUUGCGAUCGGAGAGCGGUGACACUGAGCCACGCGUCCUCCACACCUUGAGUUGA